AUGGCCGCCCUGUUCCGCGUCAAGGCGCUCUACGAUUACUCGUCGCCGCACGAGGACGACCUCAACUUCCCCGCCGGCCAGAUCAUUGCUGUGACGGACGAUGAAGACGCCGACUGGUACGGCGGCGAGUACGUCGACGAGGCCGGCGCCAAGAAGGCGGGCAUCUUCCCUCGCAACUUUGUCGAGAAGUUUGAGCCCGUCGCGCCCCCGCGGCCCGUGAGGAAGCAAAAGCAAGAGCCAGAGGCCGCCGCCCCUGCUCCCCCUCACCCGGAGGCUUCUGCCCCCGAGGACACAGCUGGACGAUCGACACCUCCGCCAGCGAUCCCGGGAGGCGUGGCCUCGCUGCCCUCUCCGAAGAGAGUCGCAGAGCCCGUCAGGCACACGCAGCCCGCCGAGGCUCCUCCUCCUCCUGUCCCUGCGCCCGUUCCUGUCGCGGCUCCUGCUCCCCCGCCGGUGGCAUCUCCUCCUGCGCCAGCUCCGGCACCGCUGCCGACCUCGCCAAAGCGUACUGAAUCUCCCGCCUCGGCAGCUUCGAGCGCGCCCAAGCCCAAACCCGCGCCUCCGCCGGUUUCCGAGAAGCCCAGCUCCUUUAAAGACCGCAUUGCAGCGUUUAACAAAUCAGCUGCACCCCCAAUUGCGCCCUUUAAGCCCAGCGGCCUCGGCAGCGGCAGCGCAUCGGGUUUUAUAAAGAAGCCUUUCGUGGCACCGCCUCCCAGUCGAAAUGCAUAUGUUCCGCCGGUCCGCGAAGCUCCCGCGGCCAAGGUCUACCGCAGAGACGAAGACCCUGAGAUCAAAGACCGGGUGGCCGAGACCCAGGGACAAGCCGAGAAGGCGGGGUUAGUCCCUGCUGAAUCCCAGAAAGAAGGGGAUGAAGAAGAUCAACCAAAGCCUACCAGCUUGAAAGAGCGCAUUGCGCUUCUCCAGAAACAACAGAUGGAACAAGCGCAGCGCCAUGCUGACGCGGCGUCCAAGAAAGAGAAGCCAAAGAAGCCGCCGCCACCCAAGAAGCGCCUCGACUCCCAGGUUUCUGUCCCUGAAGCCGAGGAAGCGCCCGUGGUACCCGAGCGAAGAAGCGUCGAUGAGCCUCCUGUUAGAACCUCAAUGGAUGGUGCGCCUUCUGAGAAUGCUCCUUUAGCGCUGCGACCCCAGCCUGAAUUAAAUGUGACUUCGAGACCUGUCUCCAGGGACACUGCUAAUGAAGUCAAGGAUGACACUGCAGAAGCAGAUGUUGACGAUCGUGCUUCACACCGGCUGUCCAAGAUUACAACCUCAUCAACUACCGCUGGCGCUGCUCCUGCUCAUGAAAUAGAACAGCCGGCAACAGAGGCCCAAGAAACGGUUGAAGAAGAGACUGAGCAGGAGGAGCAAGAGACCCAGGAGGAGGAGGAAGAGGAUGUUGAUCCUGAGGUCAAGCGCAAAGAGGAACUUCGAGCACGAAUGGCCAAGAUGAGCGGUGGCAUGGGCUUUCAUGGCAUGUUUGGCCCGCCGUUAGGAGGUGGCAUGCCGCCAAGAGGACCCAAGCCGCCCGUCAGGUCUGCCACUACUCGUGAAGAGGAUGUCACUCCGCCGCCACACGCUCCUCCUGUUCCAACCAUGAUAGCAAUUCCAGGCAUGAUGGCCCUUCCGGAGCAUAGGCCACCGCCGCCUGUUCCUCACGAAGAGUUUUCGGCGCCCCCUGUUCCUCUAGCCGCUCGACCGGUGCCCCCUCCCGCUCCCGCAGCAGCGCGCUCACCUCCGCCUCUGCCCUCAGCUCCCCCACCUGUCAUAUCUGCUACAGAGGGAUCAGAAUCUGAUGACGAGCUGUCAAGCGGGGCACGUGAGAAUCAUGAACCGGCUCCCGCAGUAAUGAGAUCUCCCCCUCAGCCCCCUCACCCAAUAGACACAUCGUCGCCUCAGUCGCCACGACUGCCUUCACGCGAUGCAUUCUCGCCAACGUCACCCACUAGCAAACGCGCGAGUAGACCGCCGCCUCCUGUUCCAGGAGCUGCCCCUGCCUUGCCUCCAGCGCAAUCUCGUCCACCACCUCCGCCUCCUCCCGCUGCCCCACGUCGGCAAUCUACCAUAGACAUGGGAGUUGCCUCACCUACUAGGCCUCCGCAGGCUGGAGAAGAUAUUGGAGAGGGUACCGAGUAUGAGGGCGAUUAUGACACAGAUAUUGCGUCGCUCGCGCCCCAUAAGGAUGCCUUAUCGGCACAUGAUCGAGAGUCUAGCCUGGAAGAGAACAGCCUCAUGUCGCCGUUCAACGACGCACCGCCGAAUGCUCCUCCGCCUCCGCCUGGUCCGUUCGCUUCAACCCCGAGAGCGGCACCACCCCCUGUACCCCAGUCCCCACCUCUUCCGCGAAGGUCAACAGAAAUGUCUCGCUCUGAAAACCACGAUGCUUUGUUUAUCCAGAAUCCUCGUAAAUCAGAAGAUGUUGCGGAAUCGCCAGUCUUGGAUGAGCCCACGCCUCUUGCCUUUGAUGACGCCAGAGCCAUCUCACCACCUGAUCGAAGAGUCCCCCCUCCGGUUGGUGCGCGUCCGAGAGCAUCAGUAGAGAUGUCCAGACCCAGCCUCAGCGCUCCCAGGAGGUCUAUUGACCACCACCGCCCUUCUAUGGAUUCCGGCUUCAUUGCAGGAGACAUUGACUUGGCUGUGCAGAGUGGUUGGUGGAAGCAGUCGAAUCAAGUUCCUCCUGUUCUCCAAGGUAGGAAGGAUAUCUACUUUGAGUGUGACGAGUCGACUACGACAAACCAGGGCGAGCAGACGAUGAUUACACGGGAAACUUUCAUCUUAUUCCAAGAUUACUCGCAGACUAUACUCACAGCUCGCUAUGACCCUUAUGACCCUUCAACUGUGGAAUUGGAUCAGCGACACGAGGGGCCACCCAAGACUAUGCGACAGGAUCAGAUGGAGGAGGCUUACGACACUUUUGGACGAAAGAUUUCUGCAGCUGCUCUCGCCAAGAAGGACCAAGUUGUCGGCGACGGUAGUGCGCCGGGCUUCGUCUUGGAAAUGAUCCGCCCGUUGGAGGAUGCCUUGUUGCCUAUUAGCACUAGAUCGUAUGGCGCCCUCGUUUACGCCAACAUGGCCAAUGCGUCUACCCAGCAGCAUGACGCCAUUCGCCCUGGAGAUAUCAUCACCAUUCGAAAUGCCAAAUUCCAGGGCAAACAUGGACCGAUGCAUGCCAAGUAUUCCGCUGAAGUGGGCAAGCCAGACCAUGUCGGCAUUGUGGCAGAGUGGGAUGGCACCAAGAAGAAGGUACGCGCCUGGGAGCAAGGUAGAGAUGGCAAGAAGGUGAAGCAGGAAAGCUACAAGCUGGAUGAUUUGAGGAGCGGCGAGGUCAAGAUCUGGCGUGUAGUUUCACGAAGCUGGGUUGGCUGGCAGAAGAAGGCGCUCGCUUAGUGGUAC